UACGAUGUCCCUCCAGUUGUCGUCGAGAGAUUCUGUCAAAUAAUGGACAGUGGAGAUGACAAGUUCGGAUGGCGUGGACUAGCUGUCCGAGUUGUCCCCACCUUGUUAGAAGUUCGCACGUUGGAGCGUGUGGAGGCAGCAGGUCGGAGUCCCACUAGAGAGCUGCUGUGGUCCUGGGCUCAGGAGAAUUCAAGAGUGCAGGACCUACUUAAGGUGCUGCAAGACAUGGGCCACCUUAGGGCCCUGCAGCUCUUCCAGGAUCAAGCUCGAGAGUUGCCUGUGCCCCCCAGCAAUCUACAUGCAGAGUCCAAAGGGCAGAUGUCAACAACUGAAGUGAAGGGAUCCUUCCAACUAGAGGCGAGUUCUGCAAGUCAAGCAUUAUCUGCCAUGAACUCCGCUGGAGAAAAUCAGCCAAUCACAAUCACUUUCCAGGACAUCAUAGAAGGAACCAGAGAUUUUCAUCAUCACAUGAGAAUUGCAGAGGGGCACUUUUCUGAUGUCUACAGUGCACAGAUAGGAGAUAGAAAGAUUGCAGUAAAGCUUUUUAAACAGAUAAAUAUGGAGCCAUGGAAGAAGCUGUGGGAUAUCUUUAGAAAAGAAAUGGAAAUCCAUCAUUUGUACCAACAUCCAAACAUAUUAGACUUGUUGUGUUGUUUUUCUGAUGAAGACCGCUACUGUCUGGUGUAUCCUUACCUCCCCAAUGGAUCGCUCUUUCACAGACUACACCAUCAGGAUGGAGAGCCCCGUCUGUCCUGGGAAGAGCGUCUUGCCAUCAUUAAAGGAACUGCAAAGGCCUUGCAUCACCUCCAUACAGCCCAGCCUUGCCCAGUGAUCUGUGGCAACAUCUCCAGUGCUAACAUACUCUUGGAUGAUGCCCUGCUCCAGCUGUCUGAUUUUGGGUUGGCUCGUCUUCGUCCUCAUACUGCCAAUCAGCACUGUACUAUCACUCUGGAUACAAGGUUCCACGGCAACCUGGGAUACCUCCCUGAGGAAUAUAUUCGAGAUGGCAAGCUGUCCUUCAGCCUGGAUGUUUACAGCUUUGGAAUGGUUAUCAUGGAAACAGUAACGGACGGAAGGUCAUAGAGGACGUGCCUAAACAUACACCCCUGAGAGAUCUGCUUGUAGCUGAGGUGGAGGACAGCGGUGGUGUGGACUCUUGUCUGCCUUUUUUGGAUGUCGCAGCCGGUCGGUGGCCAGUUGCCAUGGCCCUCGGCCUUCUGCGUCUGGCCUUGGACUGCACUGCCAGCCGCCAUCGCAGCAGACCAAACAUGGAGAAUGUACUUUUGGCGUUAAGCAAGCUGCUUCCUUCACCUAGCUACCCCCCUGCACACCACCCCACAGCUUGGAUGAUGGAGAAGCUA